CAUCCUCCCGGUGCACAAUGCUGAACAGUGGUUGGAUGAGUGCUUGAUGUCUGUUUUACAGCAAGACUUUGAAGGCACCAUGGAGCUCUCUGUUUUUAAUGACGCCAGCAAGGACAAGUCUACGGCCAUCAUUGAAAAGUGGAAGGUGAAACUGGAAGACUCUGGCAUCUCUGUAGUCAUCGGAGGCCAUGACUCUCCUUCUCCCAGAGGAGUUGGAUAUUCUAAAAACCAAGCAGUCGCGCAGAGCUCAGGGUCUUACCUUUGCUUUUUGGAUUCAGAUGAUGUUAUGAUGCCCCAGAGAGUGAGGAUGCAGUAUGAAGCUGCUGUCCAGCACCCAACGAGUAUCAUAGGAUGCCAAGUGAGGAGGGAUCCCCCAGACUCCACAGAGCGAUACACACGGUGGAUCAACCAGUUGACAUCUGAUCAGCUGCUGACACAGGUGUUCACCUCCCACGGCCCCACAGUGAUCAUGCCUACCUGGUUCUGCUCUCGAACCUGGUUUUCCCACGUGGGCCCAUUUGAUGAAGGAGGACAGGGGGUUCCAGAGGAUCUGCUGUUCUUCUAUGAGCAUCUCAGGAAAGGCGGCGGCGUCUUCCGGGUCGACCACAGCCUGCUCCUCUACAGAUACCAUCUGUAUGCAGCCACACAUUCAGUCCUGGAGAUGACCAUCUGGACUCACCGUGUCCACUUCCUAGAGGAACAAGUCCUACCUCACUGGAAGUCCUUCACCAUCUGGAAUGCAGGCAAACAGGGGCGCAAGUUAUACCGCAGCCUGACUGCAGCCAGCCGGCACAAGGUGGUGGCCUUCUGCGAUGUUGACGAGAACAAGAUCAGAAAGGGCUUCUACUGCCACGAGGACUCACAGGAAAAGCCCAAGCCAAAGGUCCCCAUCCUGCAUUUCCAAGCUGCCCAGUCGCCCUUUGUCAUCUGCGUGAAGCUGGACCUCACAGGGGGCAAGUUUGAAGACAACCUGAAGUCACUGCAGUUGCAGGAAGGCCGGGACUUCGUUCACUUCAGCUGAGGCUGCCGCCGAGACAUGAUAAAGCCUUCCUCACACAUGGCCUCAUCAGCUGAUCUCAGCCAGGCUUCCUUCUGCUCACAACAGAACAUUCUGAGUCUCAGAAAGAGGCCUGUGAGACUGGAAUGAAGUAUGAUCCAGGCCUCCAGAAGUCCCUGCCACCAGGACAGCACAACAAACCUGCAGACCGAGGCCUGGAAAGUGACCCGAUAGAGGCGCAGCCUGUGUGCUUUCCAGCCUGGCUCCAUGAGGUGCAGGCUGUUAAACUGAGUGAGUGCAUACUACCACAGGCCUUGGCUUCAGGCCCUGGCCACUUCACUAUGACCAGUUAUCUUGAGUUCUGUCUCAGCCACGUGUCCAUCCUCAACAGCUUAGUGAGAUCAGGCCUGAGACACAGAGAGGCAGAAGAGGCAGGCAGGCCCUGGGACACGAGGUGCAAAGGAUCCAGGCUUUGGGACCAGAGUUGUCAUCUACAUUCCCACAGGGAUGCUGGUUUCUGAUGAUUUCUGGCUCAGACCAUUGUAGUAUUGUUGGUGACUUGGCAGGCUGAGCAUGUGAGGAGAGCUGCCUGUCACUGCAUCUGCCCAGCAAGUCAAACUCUACACCAGGGUGUGAAACAUCCAUCAUGCUACACAAAUCACACAGCACUGAAGGGGAGCCCACAGUAGGUCUUCGAGCUCCUUCUGCACAGACAUCCCAGAGAUAGGCAGAGGCUGGGCUGUGUGAUACAUGAUUUAAUGAGAAGCACAUCUGUGUGACAGCAUAAGUAUGGGCAGUCCAGGCCAGCAGAGCACAGCAUGCAUGAGGAACCACUGAUCUCUGUGGAUGGCCUCCCAAUCCAUCUAGCAGAGGUGCUACCUUUCUCAGAAGUUUUCUCAGAAGUCUGUGGCACCAAGUUUCCAUGAUGGUAAAGCUUGUUGUGGAGCCUGAGGGCAAGACAUCCCAGCUAGGUAGGCAAGGCUCAGCUUCCUGGAACAGGCUGUAAAGAUACAUGGUGACAUCAGGCUGGUUGUCACCCCACCCUCUCUGAGAUAUGGCUAAAGCCUGCCAUGUACCAGAAUCCUAGCAGCUUGAAUUGUGUAGUAAUAGCUCUGUGGCCUUGUCAGAGUACAUUAGUAAACUGUUCACAUAUGUUUACACUUUUCUAACAAUGUAAAGAGUGGAGUUAAACUCAAGUUCACCCUGCAUAAGGGACCAAGACUAUACCAUGGCCCUAUCUGUUGUCACCACUCCUAGAGCCACUUGGGCAGCCAGGCCACACCUGCGUAUCUCCUGAUGGCUUGUCCUGGGAAGACUUGAGCACAGACCCAGUAUAAUGCACACAAGAGGGAAAAACAAAACCUUCUCUCAACAUGUCACAGACGUGAGGGCUCAGGCACAAAGCUGACUCGAAGCAAAAAGAAAGGAAAGAAGCUGACCAGCGAGACCAAGCCGCCUAAAUACCAAGACCUCGGGGUUGUAACAAACCAGUUUCAGACAGGGCUCUGCAGCUAGAGGUCAAGGCCGGGGAUAAAGUAAUGUGUCAAGAAAGAGUGCUGGCCCCAGGGUGACUGGGGACAGAAAGGAGGAGCUGUGAGACAAGUUAACAGGGGAGGAAAUGAAAUCCAGAUAAGGGGAAAGAAAGAUUAAACAGGAAGGGAGGAAAUAGGAAACAAAGAUGAUGGAUGUAAACUUGCCUGUAAUUAUACAGUAAACAUGAAUACAUGAAACACUAAUUAAUAAAGAUUUUAAGAUGAUAU